AAGUCUCACUUUCCAACGAGGCAACGGAUAGGAAAGAUGCCUACACAGAAAGCGUACGAGAUCGAAGGAGUAGACCUCCUCUGGACGGACCUGCUUCUGUCCUCGGACGACGAGGAAACCGAGGCACCGCAGCCUCGAUCACCGUCGGCACUACCACCGCCGACAUCAACAGAGGACAACCAACCGCCUCAACAGUCAACAACGGAAACAACUGAGACACCGCCAGAAAAGAAAGCGAGGACGGAGAAGCCAAUAUCGGCGGCCGCAACGAGAGCACCAAUAAACACGCUGCCAUCAAGAGGCACGCGUAUUCAACGAUCGGACGCCGCGCAAAAAAGGAAAGCCAUUUUCCUUACGGCUCCGCCGCCCCCACCGCCAGGGCGCCGAGGACGUGCCGCCGGCACAAGGAAAACCGGCACAAGCGCAGUGCAAAUACAACCAGCAUGCGCAAGAAGGGCAACGAAGAGAACAGCGUCACCACCAGCACCGGCAGGAACACCAGCACCAAGAACGACCGCAGCCCAGCCAACAACUGAAACACCGCUAAUAACAAAGACAGGAGGCCAGCCAGGGACAGCGACCAAACGGGCAACCGACCGAGCAACGACGGAACCGCUCCGUAUAAUUCCGCCGUCGCUACCGCCACCGAUACCCGUGGAGCUGCGUCCAGGCUUAAUCACAAUGGUACCACACUUCGCGGUACAUGUGUCCCGCCGGUAUCGAGUACGCAUACCGGAAGGACGAUGGAUGCUUAGAUUUAACAGGAUAGGACAACUACGGGCCUGCCAGAGACUCCCCGACGACCCGCCCUAGGACGGGGGUGAUGUAACGAUGCACACCUGCAUCGUCACUACUCCGGCCCGACCGACCAUCAGUCGGGCCGUGCACCGGCGCGUUGCGCCAACAAUAAAACUCCGAAAGACCGACAAACAAAACACGAUAACGAGUAUAAACAAAGCGAGCGAAGAUCACGCGAGAAAUCAAGCACAGCGGAAACAAUAGCGAGCGAGCGCCGCGAGCACGCGACGCACACGUGUACGACGCGCGGAGACAAAGAAGCGUCAAGUAUAUAAUCCGCGACGCCGAAUUAAUCAGGACCAGACCGAUCCGGACCGUCAACCGAACUCGAUGCUACACAGCGGAGAGCAAGGCCUACGACCGACUCGUAUCUGCUUCCUAAACCUGCC